AUGGCACACCGCAGCGAUGUGGAAGUCGACAAUUCUUCCGAAGUAAAGGCCAUAUUCAAAAAUUACAAAGAGAUAGAAGAGGUUGGUGAAGGAACCUAUGGUCGUGUUUAUAGAGCCCGUGACAGUAAAAUGAAUCGAAUGAUUGCUUUAAAAAGAAUGAGGUUAAACCAGUAAGUGGAUUUCAACAUUUCGGCAUCUACUUUAGGGAAGAAGAAGGCGUUCCUAGCGUUUGUAUUCGAGAGAUCAGUAUUUUGAAGGGCCUGAAGCAUGCUCACAUUAUCCAACUUUACGAUGUUGUGCUCAGGCGUAAGUCAUGUUUUAAAAUAUCCAAUGAUAUUUUGUGACUUUUUAGAUGGAAAAGAAAUAUACCUAAUUUUCGAAUAUAUGGAUACCGAUCUUUCAAUGGUUUUAAAGCGAUCAAAAGGAAAACCAUUGGCUUCGAAUGUUGUUAAGGUAAGAAACAGAGAAAUUUUAUUAUUAUUUUUCCUAGAGUAUCAUGAGACAACUUCUAAGCGCCCUGAAUUACUGCCAUUCGAGGCGCGUUAUCCAUCGUGAUCUGAAACCCGCAAAUAUUCUCGUUUUAAAGAAUGGGACCGUGAAAUUGGCUGAUUUUGGAUUAGCCAGGUAUGAGUAGUCUUAUCAGAUAAAAUCCCCUUCCAUAAAGUCAGGUCUAGCCAUCGGUUCGGGCCUGAUUUUUGCCAAGUCUAAGCCCGGGCAGAUUUUGGCCAUAACUUUCGAAAUUUUUUGGCGUUUUUUGGUACUCGGUGACAGAAAUGGCAACCGGACCGGGCUUCGAAAAUUUUGGAAACGGGUCGGGCCUGCUUUUCAUCGAGGCGGGCUUCGUGCUCAAGCUUUUUGAUCAGGCCCGAGGCAAGUUGAAUUUUUACUUUGUUUUGCGGCGAAAAAUUUGGAUACCAAUUUUGGUUUUUUUUUUGACAUUGUGUUACAAGCCGAAUUUCAAGCUCUAAGAGGAUGAUAAUCUUAACGCCUUUUAAUGUUAAGAACCACGAUACAGAAUUAAAAAAAAAUUAAAACUUCAAUUUUAGCUCAGUUUGCCCAAUUUUACACAACUUUCCCACUAAAAUAUUGUUUAAUAUCAAAUGUACUUCUUUUCGUCUUUAGUGGCAUUUUUAACUUUAUAGUAACCACUGGGAGUUUUUUGGAUGCGUGAUCUCGGGUGUGAGUUUUUUUUACUUUUUUUAACAGUUUUAGAGUAUUUCGAGUAUUGCAAACCACCCGAUACUGUUCGUUUUUACUUUGAUAGCUCGCAUAUGGCCAAAAAAACGCAAUGCCAUACUAUUGCCAAAAAUGGCAUGGUAACUUUUUUUAGAGUUUUAAAAAUUUACUGGGCCGGGCUUAAAGGUCGCCGAAAUCUGCCAAUUAUGAUUUCUUAUGGGUCGUUGGCAAAAUAUACUGUCUGGUGUGUCUAUAUACUGCGCGUCAAAAGUUUGGAACAGGCCAGAUCUUCUUUGCGGCUUGAGGUGGUAGUUUCGUUUCUUUUUUAUUAGAAGCUCCAUAUAUUAAGAACCUCAAUGAAUACAUAGCCACUGAAAUCAGAAAGCUCGUUGGAAUUUUUAAAAAAAUUUUAAAAAAUAAGUGCGUCAAAAGUUUGGAACAGCUUUUGGAAGGUGUAUAUAAAUUAUAAACUUCGGAAUGGAGGCAGGUAUCCUCGCAUUUAGUAUUUUUGGAUGAUGCAAGGAAUCGGAAUGCCAAUGGCAUACUGAUUUUCAUCGAUAAACCCAAAAUGAAAAAAUGCUUAUUGAACCAAAAACUACGGUCAAAUUUGCGAAAAAUGAAUUUUUUGGUUUGGGUUCUCUAUGUUAUCGGUGUGUGAGCGUUCCAAAAUAUUUAAUGUGGUCGCACAAUUGUACAAGGGCAUUCAGAUCUUUGCAUAUGGACCAUAUCCGCACAGCAUAAUUUAUGAAAACUUUGAAUUUUGCUAUAAAUUUUUAUUUAAUGUAUUUUAUAUUUUUUAUAGAGCGGCUUGGAGGCUGAUUGGCUUUAGGACAGUUAUCGUGGAAUAAAAAGGUGUCUUCAAGAAACAAAAACCCACGCUAUUUGCAACAUCCAAGGCCACAUCUUUCGGAUAUUAAAAAAAAUUUUAGUCCCCAAAGUCAAUAUUCAUAUCUGACCCGGAUUUGUGGCGUGAUAAAUCGGAAAGUUGGUUUAUGUCACUGUAUCGGUGUAAUAACUAUAAAGGCACUUAGUUUUGAGCCAUGCAGCGGCUUCAAAUCCAAGAUAAAAAAUAUGGGAAUAUUAACAUUUCAUAUACCCGCUAUUUUUAAAGAUGUGGCCUUCGUGUUGCAAAUAGUGGCCAGGUUCUGCAUCUUGAAGACACCUUUUUAUUCCACGAUAACUGUCCUAAAGCCAAUCAGCCUCCAAGCCGCUCUAUAAAAAAUAUAAAAUACAUUAAAUAAAAAUUUAUAGCAAAAUUCAAAGUUUUCAUAAAUUAUGCUGUGCGGAUAUGGUCCCUAUGCGAAGAUCUGAGUGCCAUUGUACAAUUGUGCGACCACAUUAAAUAUUUUGGAACGCUUACACACCGAUAACAUAGAGAACCCAAAAUAAAAAAUUCAUUUUUUCGCAAAUUUGACCGUAGUUUUUGGUUCAAUAAGCAUUUUUUCAUUUUGGGUUUAUCGAUGAAAAUCAGUAUGCCAUUGGCAUUCCGAUUCCUUGCAUCAUCCAAAAAUACUAAAUGCGAGGAUACCUGCCUCCAUUCCGAAGUUUAUAAUCACCUUCCAAAAGCUGUUCCAAACUUUUGACGCACUUAUUUUUUAAAAUUUUUUUAAAAAUUCCAACGAGCUUUCUGAUUUCAGUGGCUAUGUAUUCAUUGAGGUUCUUAAUACAUGGAGCUUCUAAUAAAAAAGAAACGAAACUACCACCUCAAGCCGCAAAGAAGAUCUGGCCUGUUCCAAACUUUUGACGCGCAGUAUAAUUUCUCAAUUUUAGAGCUGUGUCGAUACCCAGUAGAUGUUAUACGCACGAAGUGGUGACGAUGUGGUAUAGACCACCUGAAUUAUUCCUCGGUUCUCAAUUUUACAGCUCAGCCUUGGAUAUUUGGAGUAUGGGAUGUAUCUUCGCUGAGAUGUGCCGAGGGCAGCCUCUAUUUGAAGGACUUUCUGAGAUUCAGAUGUUGUUUAGGAUCUUUGAAAAACUCGGGACUCCGAAUCCUCAGGUAAAUAUCUCUUUUAUUCAGGAGUGUCGUAUCUUUUUAGGUAUGGCCGGGAGUAGAGAAGCUUAGAGAUUACAAUCCCCAGUUUCCGAAAUUCCGAAAGAAACCGUUUAAUCAGUUCUUGCCAGGUCUGGAGCCAUAUGCCAUUAAUCUACUCGAAGUCAGUGGGAAUUUUAUUUGUCUUAUAAUAUGGUCUUUAUUUGUAUGAAGUGUCAAAUUUUUAGCAAAUGUUGGUAUAUUCUCCACCAAGUCGGAUCACCGCUCGGUCUGCAAUGUGCCAUGCAUACAUUACAGACUUCACUGACGCCUUUCCAAACCUCGAAGAAUAUUUCUGA